AUGGCCAACUGCGGUUGCGAGACUUCCAAGACCUGCGCCUGCGGCCAGGAAUGCAGCUGCGACAACUGCCCGGACAAAAGACGAGGGCACCUUUGUCGUGCCAGGAUGAGGUGUGAUGCCAGGAGCCUGGGGUUCUAUGGCGCCGCCGUCCUCACUCGUACGCCUGAGAACCAAGUGUUUGGAUAA